AUGAGCGACGACAACAAGGCGGAUCUGCUCCGCCUGGCGAGCGAGUACGCCGACAGAAACAUUGAUCUCUUCGACCUGCUCUCUAUAGACGCCCUCACGGCCAAGGAGGACAUUCAGCGCGCAUGGCGCAAAGCAUCCGUCAAGUACCACCCCGACAAGGCCAGAGACAACUUUGACGCGGAGAAAUGGGAGCUCCUCGAGCGCGCGCGCGACAUUCUCGCCGACGAUGGGGCGCGCGCCACCUACGAGCGCGCCAUGAAGGCGAAGCUGCUGCGCAAGCAGGAGCGCGAGGCCUUUGACCGCGAGCGACGAAAGUACGCCGACGACCUCGAGGCGGCGGAGCUGGCGGCCCGGGUCGCGCAGCAGGAGAAGACGCAGCGUGACCGCGAGGCGCUCGAGAAGGAACGCGCGAGGCUCGCCGAAGCGCAGCGCAUGCGGGAGGAGGAGACAAGGCGGCAGGCCGCUGCGGACCAGGAGAUGAAGGACCUUGUCGAGGCCAAGAGGCGGCUCAAGGAGAAGAAGGAGGAGAAGAACCGGCGCAGACAGGCCAAGGAGUCCAUGAAGGCGGCUGGCCGGCCGUCGGGCCCGGUCAAUGGGGUCGUCCUGGUGCCGGGGAGCUACGUGGUCAACGUCGGUGCGGGGCAGAAGCCGUACUGGCAGCUGGUGUGCGACAAGCUCAGGGCGGUGCAGAAUGCGCGGAAUGUUGCCAAGAUGGAGGAUGCGCCCGUGGAUGAGGUCCAAGACGCGGAGCGCAAGGUGCAGGAAACGCGUCGGUUGAUUGCCGAGGCUGAGAACAGGUAUCGACAGGAGACGGCGGUGUGA